AUGCCGAGUGUCAGAAAACAGUCGUCGUUCCAUCGGGAACGCGUUCAGAACGAGGCGGCCAGCAUACGUAUCAGAUCCCAUUCGGCUAAGUGUAAGAAUCGCAUUCACCACAUCGACAUCGAACCGCAAGUCAACUAUUUCAUUGCGGUCUUCCAAAAUUUGGACGAUCGACGUGAGGAUACUGUAGAACACAUUCGAUUCGACAAUAACCAGCGGAUUUAUGAAGUUUUUGAGCCCUACCUCCGGUGCCGUGGUCUCACCACCAACGAUGUCGAGUUUUUUCUGGAGAAGAGCUCCACACCGAUUCCCGAAGGUUCUGGAGCACACUUUUUGGCUGGACAGAAAAUUUACGUGAGAGGUAUGUUUGAUACCAAAUAG